GAAAGCUGAGGCAAAUGUGCGUUAUGAAGUAUAAUGUGACACAAACCGAAAAAGUGACGCAAUUUUUCGGGAAAAUUGGUUCUCUUGUUUUAAUUUCAGUAGUUCAAAGCGAAUAUAUAUAAGACUGAAGCUUUUUCAACCUACUUCUGUUGAAAAGCAAUAACGGACUACAGCCGGAAAUCAAUUACCGCAAGAAGCAUCUUGAGCCCUCCUUCAGAUUCAAAUCACAAUUUUAAGAAUUUGGAUAUACCAUCAGGGUGACGCCAGAAAUAAUGUCAGAGACUAAUUAUCAAAGCAAUGAAGAACGAUCUGCUGAAGAAGAAGCCCCAAUAAAAGUAGAAGAAUUUUUACUAGUGGAAGAUAUUGCAUAUGUGAAAAUGGAAGAUCCAUGCAUACUGGCUUUCUGGCGCCAGACUGCAGAAGCCAUGGAGAACACAAAGACAGACAGUGAAGAUCUGGAACUAAAUUCUGGGCCAGAUGAGUGGGACAUGCACUGGAAAGAUUAUAGGAACUGUAGAAAAGGAGAACAACUGCAAAACAAUCUUCAUGGCAGGACUGGAGAGCUGGAUAUACGUCCAUGCUAUACAUGGCAAAUAACUAAGUGGCUUGUCUCUGAAAAACCAGUUGACGGUUGUCAGGCAGAUAGUGCAGGCAAUACUUCAAGCCCAGAAUCAGCCAUAAAAUACCAGAUACACAUUGUCACCAUUGUUCUGAAGACUUCUCUGAAAAGGAUGAUUUGUUAAGGCAUAUAAAUGAAGAGCACCUAGAAGAAGAUGUUGGCUAUUUCCAAUGCAGCAAAUGCUUUACUUCAUUUGAUAGUAAGAAUAAUAUAAUAAAUCAUCUGCAGAAUAUAAACAACAUGUGUAGACUCUGUUCAGAAUACUUUUGU